AUGACGAAUUGCAAGAUUGGAUUCAUGAGCUUCCUAAUGGUUGCUUCAGUACUCAUCGUAUUUCUUACGGUUCCAGAAAAAGUUGAAGCCGACCCACAAUGCAUUGGAGUGUGUGGAAUGAUUCUUGACUGUGCAACUGCUUGCAUCAGGAUGGGCUACCAAACUGGUAAUUGCGUUGGCUGGGAAAAUGUGGAUCACUGUUGCUGUGACACCAUUAAUUAA